UUGCUGUCUAGCAAAGGAUGUGUCUAAACUUAGAAGCAGCUAGCCGGGAUGGGGACAAGCUCUGACGGUGUUUCCUGAAGAAAUAAGUGAAGGACAGAAAGAUGAAGUUUGGCCUCCUCAUGCCUCACAAGGAUCAAUACACCCCUCCAGGCAACAUGCUCGAUGCUACUCUGACCAGACUCCGCCGGAGAAAAACAAACACUAAACCAUCCACAUUCUCAUACACUGACAUGCAGCGGAGAGGGCUGCUGCUGCUGCUGCUGCUCCUUCGUCUUCUCUCCUCUAUACACAGAUACACUUCCUCACACUCCAUCUAAUUACAAACACCCAGCUUGCCUUGCAGUUGAGAGAAGAUCCAGAGGAGGGUUAUGUGAGUGAGGAGCUUCAUCUGCAAGCAUCUGCCUGGAGGACUCCUCCCUCAUCUCUCUUGGUGCUUUUACUCCAGCUCUGCAGCAGCGUGAGACGACCCACUGUGUGUUGCCGCCCAGGGAAUGCUCGGUGGACACUGAGACGAGGCCCGAACACAAUGAGCAGCCAGGACAAAUGGGUCACACUGACCCCAGCUGAAUUCGCCUUGUUGCAGGAGUACACCCAGUACUCAACCAAGAAGCUGAAGGAUGUGCUGCAGGAGUUCCAUGGAGAUGGUGUGUUGGCUAAAUACAAUCCAGAAGAGAAGCAGGAAAUCCUCUCCCAGGAGAUUGACUUUGAGGGCUUCAAGGUCUUCAUGCAAACGUUCCUGGAAAGUGAACUCCCCGAAGAGUUCUGUCAACACCUCUUCAUGUCGUUUAGCAACAAGGGCCCCAAACCCAGUCCCUCAUCUUCUGACAAACCAAGAGUCUCUGGCCUGAAGCUGAUCAAAGGCAACUCGACCCCUCUGAAGACGCCCGCCCUGCCCAGGCCUCUGGAAACAGUGCAGCUGAAGGACAUUGUGUGUUACCUCUCAUUGCUGGAGGGCGGCCGUCCCGAGGACAAGCUGGAGUUCAUGUUUCGCCUCUAUGACACAGAUGGAAAUGGGUCUUUGGACAGCUCGGAGCUGGAGCACAUUAUCUCCCAGAUGAUGCAUGUUGCAGAGUACCUGGAGUGGGAUGUGACAGAGCUGAAACCAAUCCUUCAGGAAAUGAUGCAGGAGAUUGACUACGAUCACGAUGGCACAGUGUCACUGGGGGAGUGGAUCCAAGGAGGUCUGACCACCAUCCCACUGUUGGUCCUGCUGGGCCUGGAGACGAAUGUAAAAGAUGACGGGCAACAUGUGUGGCGACUGAAGCACUUCAACAAGCCAGCCUAUUGUAACCUGUGUCUCAACAUGCUAAUUGGACUGGGGAAGCAGGGACUCUGCUGCUCGUUCUGCAAGUACACAGUCCAUGAGCGCUGCGUGGCUCGUGCUCCGCUGUCUUGCAUUAAAACCUACGUCAAGUCCAAGAAAAACACAGAGGUAAUGCAUCAUUUCUGGGUGGAAGGGAACUGCCCCACCAAGUGUGACAAGUGUCACAAAACCAUUAAGUGUUACCAGGGCCUGACUGGGCUCCACUGUGUGUGGUGUCAAAUCACGCUCCAUAACAAGUGUGCCUCCCAUGUGAAACCUGAGUGUGAUUGUGGACCCCUGAAGGAUCACAUCCUGCCCCCAAACUCAAUCUGUCCCAUCGUCCUGGAAAGGCAGUCGACGCUGAGGAAAGACUCUCGAUCCAGCCAGUCCAGCCGAGGGAAAAUGCAGAGAGCCAACUCGGUGACAGUGGACGGCCAAGGACUGCAGAUCACAACAAUAGAGGGCACUCAUCCUCUGCUAGUGUUUGUCAAUCCAAAGAGCGGGGGGAAGCAGGGAGAGAGGAUUUACAGAAAGUUCCAGUAUCUUCUGAACCCGAGACAAGUGUACAACCUGGCCAAGAAUGGACCCAUGCCAGGGUUGAACUUCUUCAGAGAUGUUGCUGAUUUCAGAGUGUUGACCUGUGGAGGCGACGGCACUGUAGGCUGGAUCCUGGACUUCAUUGAUAAGGCCAACCUGGACAGGAACCCCCCUGUGUGCAUACUUCCUCUUGGCACUGGCAACGACCUGGCAAGAUGUCUGCGAUGGGGAGGAGGCUAUGAGGGCGAGAGCCUCCUUAAGAUCCUGCGGGACAUCGAGAACAGUACGGAGGUGAUGCUGGAUCGCUGGAAGAUUGAUGUCACACCCACAGACAAGGAGGAGCGCGGGGACCCAGUGCCUUACAGCAUUAUCAACAACUACUUCUCCAUCGGAGUGGAUGCCUCCAUUGCACAUCGUUUCCAUGUUAUGAGAGAGAAGCACCCUGAGAAGUUUAACAGCAGAACAAAGAAUAAACUGUGGUACUUUGAGUUCGGCACUUCGGAGACCUUUUCGGCCACAUGUAAGAAGCUCCACGACUUUCUGGAGGUUGAGUGUGAUGGUGUUACUUUGGACCUCAGUAGCAUCUCCUUGGAAGGCAUUGCCAUUCUCAACAUUCCCAGCAUGCACGGCGGCUCCAACCUCUGGGGCGAGAGCAAGAAAAGGAGGGGGAACCGCAAAGGAGGGAAAAAGGGCCAAGACAAAAGGACACCAGUGGUUGACCCCAAAGAACUCAUGUUUGCAGUUCAAGACCUGUCUGACCAGCUCCUGGAGGUCGUGGGGCUAGAAGGAGCCAUGGAGAUGGGUCAGAUCUACACUGGCUUGAAGAGCGCUGGAAGACGCCUGGCACAGUGCUCCUCAGUGACCAUCAGAACCAGUAAAUCACUUCCCAUGCAGAUUGACGGUGAACCUUGGAUGCAGACUCCCUGCACUAUUGAGAUUGUCCACAAGAACCAGGCUCCCAUGCUAAUGGGGCCACCGCAAGGACGAAGCUUCUUCUCCUCAGUCAUCAGACGAACACGCACUGAGAGCAAGGACUGAUCCAACAUGGUUCAAGACUUUGGCAUCCUUACAAGCACCUGCAGAGUCAGCGGUCACAGGUUGAUCAUUGCUCGGCCCGUUGGUGAACGGGGUCUUUGAUGUCUGUUUGAUAGCCCAGCGUACAGUAGCAAACUGUAGGUUCAGUAUGUGUCGCCUGCAGCAUGGAGAUGUCACUGAGAAGCCCUCAUGUUAUCCAAAAUGAGGCGUGUUUAACACUGAUGCUUUGAUCUACAGUGUGUAGUGUAGUUUAGCUCCAAAAAUACUGAAGCUAUUUCUGGAAGUCCACUUCUCUUCUAUUUUCUCAAAGUCUGUUUUUAUUUUUGCUGUUGUGCUCUGUGCCAUGUGGAACAAACCCACAGAUGAAUGUGUUUUGUGAUAUGAUGUAUUUAUUUAUUUAUUCAGAUUUUUGCUGCUAUUGAUGUUUUCUAAUGCUUUUUGUUUUUUGUUUUUUUGUAUUUGCAUACCCUUGAUGCAUGAUGGACAGUGAAAGAGGCUGCCACUGUUGGACAUAUCUGGAGUUUGCGGCUGAUUUUCCCUAAGUGUUUAGUAAGAAGUGAAGUUUCUUUGCUCAGCAUUUCUUCUGCGCUUCACUCAUGAAUGGCUUUAAGUAGUGCAAAGACAGAGAACCACAUUUGCUUUCUUUUAACGGUUCCUGCAAGUCAUCCUCGUCAUGCUUUGAUUGGCUGUGUUGCUGCUCCAUCAGUGGAAAGAUUAGGAAUGAUUUUUGAUCGUUCAUAAAAAUAAAUGCAUGACAUUCUUUGUUUUACGUCGCACGAGAGAUUUCCAGACAGUUUUACCAGUUAUGUGCACACUUUGUGUUGCAUGAGUGACCAAGAUCUGUUUUGACACUUAUGGAAAUUGAUCAUUUUUGAAUCUACAGAGCUGCUCGAUUUCAACCAUAUCAUCCUUUAUCUAUGAGAUGGCUGCAUUUUUAUGCAACCCUGUGUUUUGUGUACAGGUACUCAGGUACUUCUGAAAUGAAAAACAGUGGAAAGGCAGCAGGAAAGUGUCUGGUAUUCAAACUGCAUAUUGGUACAGUAACAUGCAGUCUGACCUCCUGUGGUCAUUGAUUUGUUCUGAUGUCUACUGUUGAGUGUUUACAGUCCACUGCGCAUACAAGCGUACAUUAACCAGUUAAAGUCUAAAUACAAGAUGACUAUUGACAUAUAUACAGUACAAGCAUGAUUUAAAGAAUCGAUACUGCAAAUCAAUGCCAUUGAAUAAGCAUAAUUCAGAAGCAUUUUACAGCACUCGUGUGUGCACUUGUAAUCUAUGAAAUAAUUCAUAGUGUAGCUUCUGAAAAAUAUUAUUAAAAUGCUUCAUAUUAGUCUCCUUAUACAAAUUAUUGCAGUAUCCUGUGUGGCACUGGUAGUAACUCAAUGCAUUUCUGCAUUUAUGUACUUACUUACUUUAUUCAGUCACAACAAAGGCAAAAACACACACUCAUUUAAAUUUGGGGGGAUUUAUUACAGACCUACCAGCAAGAUACACUUGAUAAAUGCAUUGUUUUUACCAGAAAUGCUCUUCUGCAUGAUUUCUGAGAAUAAUUUUAGGCUUGACUGUUUUAGUCUUUAAAAGUGCCAUACGUCAGUGGAGACUGAGGUCUGAGGUGAUGAGUCUCCCGUCUCUUUGCUUUGUACGGUGCAGCGUUUGUACAGUGAGGUUGUAUUUUUGUACACAGUAUUAUUUAUUUUUCUGCUUACUGCUUCACUCUAGAACUCACACCAUGUUGUUCUUGCCUAAAAACAAAUUAUGCCUGCCAGUGUUGACUGAGAAAAGUGAUGGAAAUGAUUAAAAAAAAAAGCUUUUUGUUGUUUGAAAUGGUGUUCUUGUAAAUCCUUGACCUUUGGAACACCAAAGCUGAAUUCAAGCAACGUUUGCAGAAUGAGGGGAACAGAAACUAUUCUGACUUGGACAUUCUCAAACAUUAUCACAAAAAACUGUAAGCACAACAGAUUAAUGGUCUGAAUUAGCUUUUUGUUGUGCUACUUGUUUUUUCAGUUCCUUAUCCAACAAAACCAGAUAGAAACAGUGUGUAAUUCAUAUGAAGUCAGCUAAAGUGAUUGUAUUAGUGUUAAAAAUUGAAUUUAUUUAAAUUAAACUGUCAGUAGCAGACGCUUUGAAGUCAUUCUACCAACAGUUUUUUUGACAUGUCUGUGGUUUGACUUGCAAGUGAGCAAUGUUUUUUUCCCCCUCUGCUUCUCAAGAUUAUGAUUUAAGUGAUUUCAGAUGGACACACAUCAUAAUACACAUACUGAAACUAAAAUUUAAAUUCUCCUCACUCUUUGAAAUUAAAACUGUAAUGAUAUUACAGCCACAAUAUCAGACAAAAUUUUUGGUGCUGAAAAUCGAAGGCGAAGCGGAAGUGCCAAAAACUGUAGUUCCUGAAAUGACCACCUUAGGCAGCUGCAAUAGCAAGUCAAGCCUCAUAGUCCCCAGUGUCAAAAUGUCCAACUUUACGAAAGAAGUAAACAUGUUUAGAGCCUGGUACAAAUAACGGUUUUGGUCUCCAUAGCUAAUAUUUCUGUUCAAGACCACUGUACAGAUGUUGUUUUUUUUUAUUUUUUUAUUUUUUGCAUGAUAUAGCAAUUUAAGUUGUGUUCUUGCAUUACCUGCUGUCAGUGAUAAGGACACCAUUAUUUGGUUGUUACUGGGAGAAAAAAAAUCACCAGAAUUUGUGUUUUGCAUCUCUGGGCUAGCAAAGACUGUACAUAUUUUCUUCAUAUUUCAAAUGGGCAUCAAGUAAAUGUGCUCACAUUUUCAGAAACAGAGUUUAAGCUUCAAUCUAAGACCUUUUCUCAAUUGAAAGAAAAAAACAAUGUUGGUUAGGUGGCACUAUGUUGCAAAGAUUAAUACAGAUUCCCCCUAGAUGUUUAUUUAUUCCAACACCUGCUGAAUUAUUGUGAGCUCCUGCACAUUUGCUGUUUAUCCUGCAUCCUAGAAAGGAAAUGUGCCUAAUUAACAAAUGAGCUGCGUCUCUUUCAUGUAAUGAAAAAUGAUCAAAAUACCAAAACUUACAUCAACAAAUUUUAACCUGCUGAUAAUUUAAUGGCAUAUAGGGGCUUAAGGACUAAACAGUAAUGAUGUGAUUGACUUUCUUAAAGGCUGUUGGAAUUUAAGUGAUAAAAAGAACUGUUGCCAGUGCUGAUAAUGUGCAUAUCAAAGAUUAACAGCCCCUCUUUCUGGUGAUUACAAUUUUAGCCAAAUAAGUACACGCCAAACAAAAUCUGGAAAGGUCUAUUGUAUUCCUUGGAGUGCCACUUGGUUUUUCAGUGUUAGAUGGGUGGACGCCUGCACUUGACCUGCGUUUCUUCGUCUUCGGGGGUGUUCAACAGGAGUGACACAGUGCUUCACUUCACAUCCACUUCACCUGCCUGGUAAGAGAACCUUGCCUGGAUCCAAGAUGGCACCAGCGUGACCACUACUGACUUCCGAUAUGUCCGUCUUUCAGUCAAGUGUUUGAAGUAGAGGUAAAGUUCUCUUUGAGGGAUUUAUCCUACAACUGGCCUGUAUCGCUGUACAGAUAUCUUUGUUGAUUGUUGCACAGUGGAAAUAGAUUUUUACCAGUUACAAUUUGGUCCUAUAUAUUUAUAUACAGAAAUAUACUUUGUGGUUGUAGACAAUUUACUUUUCUUUGUACCAUUUGUACACUGUUUUCUUUGUCUCACCUUUUUUGAAAAGCUACAGCAGUCACAUCUUAGUGCAAAGUGUGGUAACAGAUUUAUGUGUAAUAUUUCCUUUCAAUAUUUUUUUGGCAGGAUUUCCUUCUUAAUCUGAGCAAAAUAAUGUUUGCGUUCUAUCCACUGUUACCUGCUCUAUUUUCACCAUUAGGCCUGCUUUGUGCUUUUUUUGAGGAUGUCUUAGUGGUGUCAGGCCUAGAUAGGUGCAGAGAAAACAAUGUAAAGUGAGAAGGAAAGACAAUCAAAAUAUAUAUAUUUCAAUAUACUUGUUGGAUUCUGAUUGAGGAAUACUUCCCAAAUUCAUUCUUGAACAGGAGAAGGAGAAAACUCUAAAGGAGCAACAGGAUGGAUUCAUUUCUUGCUGCUGUCAAAGCUGCAAGUGUUGUUAGUUCUAACCAUUUAGUUAAACUGCUGUUCUUGCAUUCACACGUCGUUCUAUUUAUAUUUUUACUCAAGCAUUUCUCACUUUGCUGCUCAGGAUUAUAGUCAAAAUAAGGUUGUAUAAUAGAUUAUAUUUUAAACUCACUGGAUGCAGCAUAUGGGACAGUUACACUAACGUUAUUCUGCCUUUGAGAAGUGUUUGUGUUGCUUACUAAAGCUCAUUUUAGUAAAUAUAUCACUUCCCCAGUCAACAGCAAACUGUGGCUGAACUCUGCAACUUAUGUAUUUAUGUGAAUAAAAACAUAAUUUUAUCGCUUCACAUCCUGGGCACAUAAAUACUCUUAUUGCUGAUGUGUAUAUUUGCUGCUACUGUAUGUAUGUGUACUAUAAAUUCACUUAAUGAAUAUUAUUAAUUUACCAUUAAAACUGUUUUGUGAUUGCAGUAAA